AUGCUAGUAUCUGGUGAUUUUGGGCCCGCGCCAGCUGGGUUCGAUCUUGCCGAGAAUCAACAAGCUCAGAUGCUCGGUGCUGCCAUCAGUGUUAUGGUCAUUGGGGCCCUAGCAGUCAUGUUGCGCAUCUAUACUCGCGUAAAGAACUCGCACACCAAUUUUGGUCUUGACGAUUAUCUCAUUUUCGCCUCCUUGUGCUGCGCAUAUGGUACUGCGAUUUGUGUGAUCAUCAGCACGAAGUACAAGAACGGGUGGCAUCAACAGACUCUGCGUGAGUACGAGUUCAUCUCGUUAUGGAAGCUCUUGUUCGCCCACAUUAUCAUAUACUCGACGACCGUGACCCUCACCAAAUCCUCGAUCAUUAUGUUCUAUCGCCGAAUCUUCAACCUCCAAUGGCCCCUUUACCUUGCCAUGUUCAUCAUCCUGGGAUACUUUGUGGCAGUUGUUAUGACUAUUGCUAUCGCAUGUCGUCCAUUUUCUCACCUUUGGCAGGCAUACACUGAUCCUGGCGCGGAAGGAACAUGUAUUGACGUACGCAAAUUUUUCCUUUACAAUGGAAUUGCUUCUGUGUCGAUUGAUAUUACGAUCUUAUGCAUCCCUGCUCCUAUCAUCUGGAAGCUGCAAAUGCCAAAAGCACAACGGCUUGCUGUUAUCAGCAUUUUGUUACUCGGUGGAUUUGUCUGUGUUGCUGGGGUUAUUCGGGUUGUUUUCUUGUACAAAAACACCCAAUCUGAAGACCCAUCUUGGACCAUAGGUCCCGUAUUCGUGUGGUCUUGUGUUGAACCUUUCAUUGGGAUUGUCUGUGCUUGCCUUCCCACCUUUACGCCAUUGUUCCGCCGCUGGUGGGCUAUUUUGGGUGGUAAAAAGUGGGACUCCAAGAAGAAGAGAGAGUACGAUAGCGGCGGGUCCAGGAUACAUCUCUCAAGACACCAAACCACGGACGAAGAUGAUGCUGGUGAGCAUCAUGGCGACCAAGUGCAACUGAUGAAUUUCCCUGGGUGGCCCUUGCACUUUUUGAAAGGAAAGGAAAGUAGAGAUAACAUGACACCAAGCUCCAAGAUCCAGGUCAAAGAAGAGAUCUCAAUCUCUUGGAACUAA